AUGUUUCUGAUAGCGAUAGCCAUUAUUUUGGCCACCAUUCUGGUGUUCAAGGGUGUGAGGAUAUUCAACUACAUAGACCACAUGGCUGGCAUAAUGGAGAUGAUACCAGGACCGACUCCAUACCCCUUCGUGGGUAAUCUGUUUCAGUUUGGCCUCAAGCCAGACGAAUACCCCAAAAAGGUUUUGCAAUAUUGUCGGAAGUAUGAUUUCCAAGGAUUCCGCUCCCUGGUCUUCCUGCAGUACCACAUGAUGCUGAGUGAUCCAGCGGAAAUUCAGAACAUUUUGUCCAGUUCAUCGCUGCUGUACAAGGAGCAUUUGUACUCCUUUCUGAGGCCCUGGCUGGGCGAUGGGCUGCUGACCAGUUCCGGUGCCCGCUGGCUGAAGCAUCAGAAGCUCUACCUCCCCGCCUUCGAGCGCCCUGCCAUUGAGGGCUACUUGCGAGUGGUGCACCGGACGGGCGGACAGUUCGUCCAGAAGCUCGACGGACUUUCGGCCACGCAGGAAAUCUUCGAUGCCCAGGAGCUGGUGGCCAAGUGUACCCUGGAUAUUGUGUGCGAAAACGCCACUGGCCAGGCCAGCAGUUCGCUCAAUGGAGAGCCCUCGGAUUUGCAUGGAGCCAUCAAGGAUUUAUGCGAUGUGGUGCAGGAGCGCACCUUCAGCAUUGUGAAGCGGUUCGACGCCCUCUUCCGACUCACCUCCUACUACAUGAAGCAGCGCCGAGCCCUGUCGCUCCUCCGAAGCGAACUGAAUCGGAUUAUCGCGCAACGUCGACACCAGCUGGCCGGGGAAAAUACAAGUCAGCCAGGGCAGCCAAUCAAUAAACCCUUCCUCGACGUACUGCUGACCGCCAAACUGGACGGUCGGGCCCUCAAGGAGCGCGAGAUUAUCGAGGAAAUGUCAACUUUUAUAUUUACUGGUCACGACCCCAUAGCCGCCGCCAUAUCCUUUACCCUGUACACCCUAUCCCGCCACCCGGAGAUUCAGAGCAAGGCUUUCGAGGAGCAGCAGCGCAUCUUUGGCAACAACUUAUCCGGAGAGGCGGACCUGGUUUCCCUGGACCAGAUGGUCUACCUAGAGCUGAUCAUUCGUGAGACCCUGCGUUUGUAUCCCUCUGUUCCGCUGAUUGCCCGAACCAACCGAAAGCCCAUCGACAUCAAUGGCACCAAGGUGGCCAAGCGCACCACGGUGAUCAUGUGCCUCAUUGCCAUGGGCUACAACGAAAAGUAUUUCGAUGAUCCGUGCACUUUCCGGCCCGAGAGAUUCGAGAACACCAGCGGAAACGUGGGCAUCGAGGCCUUCAAGAGUGUGCCAUUUAGUGCAGGGCCAAGGCGAUGCAUUGCUGAAAAGUUCGCCAUGUACCAAAUGAAGGCUCUGCUCUCCCAGUUGGUGCGACGAUUUGAAAUAUUGCCCGCCGCGGAUGGACUUCCCUCCGGAAUCAACGACCAUUCUCGUGAAGACUGCCUCCCUCAGAGCGAGUAUGAUCCAGUAUUGAACAUUCGAGUCACGCUUAAAUCGGAAAAUGGCAUUCAGAUCAGGCUGAGAAAGCGUUGAUCUUCAUGAUUCAACUACAAUCCAUAAAAAUGUAAUCGUUACACUCCUUGAUUUUGAACUUAAAUUAAACUAGUUUGUGCAACUGUUUUACUUUAUUAA